CAAGUUUUUUUUAGUUUACUUUACAAAAGCGAGCGUGGUGGUGAUAAAUUGUUUGACCGUAUUUAAAUUCGCUUCGCAAUUUGUAUUUAUAAAAUUAAAGUGUCUCGUGAAUCAAUUGUUAAAACCACAUGACCCAUAUUGUGGCAUAUUUGUGAAAACUAAAGUGCUAAGUGCUACUUUUGUGACUAAAACAGAAGUGAAAAAUAAGUUGUUUUUUAAUUGGGCAUGCAGUGAUAGCGUGUCAGUUUUUAGCAAGGAUUUUGCAAGAUCCCCCUCUCGCUCUUAGUCGACCUCAAUACACACAUUUACACCAGAUAAAUAUGUUCGAUGACUGCGUCUUCCUUUAACAAUAUGGCGGCACUAUCGAAACACACAACAAUGGCCGACGAAAAACAAAAAUCAUACCUGAAAAAGCUGAAAAAAGGCAUCCACUCUCUCUUUCACAAGAAUAAAACUGAAAAAGAUAAUGUGGAAGAGGAAUGUAGUGACAGUGACAAUGUUAAAAUCCUUAAAAAGGCGCCAAUUAAUGUAACCUCAGUUACAGCGCUUAUGGAAAAGGCUAAAAACAAUAAAAUCGUUGAAGACAAAUAUGUAAACGAUGACUUAGCAGAAAUAUGUAUUAAAACAGGAGAUCUUAAACUAGAUGAGAACAAAAACACGAUCAAAACUGACAUCGACAAUGCACAAGACGUUUUCACAGAAGUAGAAAUCAAACCUGCAAAUGAAAAAUCUAACCAGAAACCCAAAAAGCCGAAACCAAACGACAACAUCGACUCAGAAAUCGCAGAAGUCUGCAUAGAAUCAAUUUGCGUAAAAACAAAUGACUUAAUACUCGACGACUGCGAAGACUCUACGAAAACAAAAGAUGACGAUUCGAAGUCUUUCAAAACGGAUAACCGUAAUGAUUCGGUGUCUUCAACUGACAGUGGAUAUUCGGAAAAAGACGAUGAAGAUAAGGCGGUAGAUGAUGUGGCCGAUGAUCUCCAAGUGUUGGAGAUUGGUGAUGGGAGGAAGAGAGAUAAGAAAGCGCAGAGAGUAUUUCUGACGCGCGGCCCACUGAGGAACCAGUUUGACAGAACGGCGAUGCAUCCGUACCAGCAUGUAAAUCGACACAUCCUCUCUGGGGGCACCCUAAACGUGAACCCAAGCUACGAUGAGCCAUCCUCACAGGACGACUUACUACAAGACAUCGAGGGGGCAAUCCAAGCCCACACCCUCCCGACUGACGACCUGCAAACAACCGUGGAAAAACUCUUCGUGGAGAAAUCUUUCGACAGUAACGAUCUGGUCAAUCUCCUGAACAAUAUCAGACAGGAUGUUGCGCCCGAAACGGUGAUGCCUGAAAUAACAGAAGAGGUUUUGAGCAACUUCGCAGAGGUACCUAAUCAGACAGAAGAAGCUGUCUAUAAUUCGUACCCGAUCGAUGAUACGUUUAUCACGGAUUUUGCUGAAGUUCCGACUUUAAUAGACGAGUUUAAUGCGUCCUCUUUGCUUACGCCUCCGAUGUCGAAUGAGCAUGUCUUCUCUCCAAUCCCGAAUUCCCCGAACCAAUCCUUUUACUCAUCGCCUUACAGAAACAUCUCGCCUUAUACCAACUCGCCACCGUCGUCAAACCACUUCCCGUCGCCUGGCAAAAGCGACUCCUAUGAUGAGGAGAAUACCUUCAACUUCGAAGAGCAUAUACCCAGCUGUGUUAUGACUGAUGAAGAAGGGGUUGAGAAGCCGAAGAGGGAACGGGCGAAAUCUAACUCGUCGUUUACAAUGAAGUGGUACAAGGAUAUGCAGAAUGAGUUGUCCUCGGAGUUCUCGAAACGGGAUUGUUGUAAGACGAAUAGAGAGUCGGGGAAGGAUGUUUUGAAGCGGCAUUUUAUAAAGUUAGAUGCGGAAUCUAGAAAGAAUAUGUGUCUGAAUGUUGCCAAGCUGGAUAUGAAGACUUUGUAUGGCCUCGCCCACAAGAUCCUGCUGAGCCUGUCCACCAGUGAUGACCAGGUGGACGUCCAAUACGCCCUGUUUGGACUGAUAUGUGAGAGAGUGCUGGUUGAAGACCCUGGCCUGUUGUUGGAGGAUUUCGGUCACAAUCUUCUCUCGGCUGCCGUGCUUCGCUGCCCGCGGCGCCCCGUUCUGGCGCGCUCUUUGGUGCAGUGCGUGAGGGCGGCGGCAGCGGUUAAAAAUAUGGAUGGCAAAUCUUGUGUGUUCCAGCAGACGGACCUCCGCGGCGACAACCUCCUCUGCGCGUGCGCGCGGCGUGGCGACGCCUGUUCCGACGUACUGAGCGAGCUGGUGAGGGAGCCAGGGGUUAGGCUGUUCGACGUGGACCAUUGUAAUGCUGAAGGCUACACAGCUCUCCAUGUGGCGUGCAAGACCCACAGCGCAUCGCUAAGUUGUCUCCACACCGUUCAUGUGCUCAUUGCGCACGGGGGCGCUGAUCUGUGGAAGGGGGACAUAAAAGGCGGCGACACGGCCUGCCAUCUAGCGGUGAACUCGGUGCACUGCGCGCUGUCCCUCGUCAUGGCGCUGUUCAAACACGCCGACAGGAGCGAGUGGAAGCGACUCGCUCACAAACAGAAUCGCAGUUCUGUGACGCCGCUAGAAUACGCUCGCAGCGCCACCAAGUCGACAACCAGACAGAACUACCCGCAGGAAGUGCUCAACUUCUUGAAGAAAUGCCGUUAGAAACACCAACUAGUUCCGCCGCCGACGCCUAGAUGGCGCCUUUUUAUAUUUUCCGAGAUUUUAUAUUUUACGCCUAGAUGGCGUUGUUAAGCAUCAGAAGUAAUUUUCUUCUUGAAGAAAUGUCAUUUAAAAACACCAAGCAGUGCCGUUGUUGACGCCUAGAAAGCGCCUUUUUAACUUUUCCGAGAUUUUUUUUUACGCCUAGAUGGCGUUGUUAAGCAACAGAAGUUAUCAUCUGCUGAAGAAAGGCCGUUGUCGACGCCUAGAUGGCGCCUUUUUAACUUUUCCGAGAUGUUAUAUUUUAUGCCUAGAUAGAUAGAUGGCGUUGUUAAGUUGUACGAUAUUGUGUUUGGCACAGAGUAAAAUGUUUAAGAGUUUUAGAAGCGCUAGAUGGCGCUCUUAUCAAGUAUAUUUUUCAUACUUUAUGGUAUGAAUUGACUGUAAAAAGAAUGUCUUUCUCGUUGUUUUUCGUUUGGAAAAAUGAUAGAUGAAAGGUAACCGGAACAGUCCAUACCGUGCAGUGUUGAAAUAUUACGGAUUGAUUAAUUAUUAUCUGUAUUAAACACUAAUUGAGGGAUUAAAAUUGUUCUCCAUAGGGUGUCGGUGACAAACAUCAUAGCUAGACUAGGCUUUGUCACUGUGGUGAAAUAGUCAGUCAGAAUAGCGU